UGAAGCAAUUACUUUAGACUGUUUAUGAAAGUACAUUGGAAAGAAAGCGUCUUUAGUUUCACGCUUAUAUAUUCAUAUUUGCCGAGUAAACAGUAGUGAAACUGACGACCCAAAACUCGCGGAAGUAAACAAAGGACAAAUUGACAUUAAUAUUCCGAGGGAAAGUACGUUUAGUGAUUUGUCAGUUUUAGCAGGAGAUGCUGUUUGGACGUCCGACUUGAGAAACCUCCCCGAGGUUAACUUUCACCAGUUGUAUGAUUACUUGGUUGUGAAAACUCGGAAAUUUGGUGACAGUGUAAUGAAAGGGUCGGUGUACAAAAAGGAGAGAUCUUUUAACUUUUAUAACGAAGGACAUAGAAGUGACAUCAAAGUGUGUACAAACAACAAGAGCUGUCAGUGGACAGUGCGCUCGACUAUUCUCAGUGCCUGAUAGUAUAAGCAAUGUGUAAAACUUUAACAUUACAAUAAGCAUAUUCUAAGUCAAAAAGGGGCCAUAAUUCAGUCAAAAUGCUUGAUAGAGUUGCCUCCUUUUUACAGACUAGGGUCAUGAUGGUAAACAAGUAUGCAAAAUAUGAAAGCAAUAUCUCGAUGGACUAUGAAAAUAUUUGGGGCAGUACACAAAAUUUAACAUUUAUUCUAAGUUGAAAAGGGGCCAUAAUUCAGUCAAAAUACUUGAUAGAAUUGCCUCCUCCUUUUUACAGACUGGUGUCAUGAUGGUAAACAAGUAUGCAAAAUAUGAAAGCAAUAUCUCAAUGGACAUUGAAAAUAUUUGGGGUGGUACGCAAACUUUAACAUUUGUGUGACGCUCAUGCCGACGCCCAGGCGAGUAGGAUAGCUCCCCUAUUCUUUGAAUAUUCAAGCUAAAAAUGUAACUUUAUAUAGUAAAGGCAAAAGUGAUUGCUUCAAUGAAGAAGGUUAAAUACAAUGUUGUUGUUGUAUACAGUGAACUUGCAGAUGUUCUUCAUGCAGCAUGUGAAUGUCCUGCUGGACUGGGUCCAAAUGGGGAGGGCAAGUGCAACCAUAUAGGUGGGCUUCUGUUUUGUGUGGAAGAUUUCAGUAGAAAGUGUUUACAGAAAGCCCCUGAAGCUGUAACAUGCACCGGGAAGCUGAGCAGCUGGAAUGUGCCCAGAGACUUGAAAGUUAGUUCCGCUGAACUUCCAGAUAUGAAAAUAAAAAAGCUUGUUCACAGAAAGAGGCAGGACACAAAACCAUCCGUAACCUUGUAUGAUCCAUGUGCACCGGUUGACCAUUUUGUAGAUGUUCCUGCACUAAGGACUCUAUAUGAUGAUUUAGAAGACUGUAUGCCAGCAUCUGGCUUCUUUCUCUUUCAUGAUGACCCAGAAGAUAUACAACAUGAGGAGAUAACCCUUGAAGAGAGCAUACUUGUUAGUGAAAAUGUUGAGGUUACUGCAACAUUAAAUUACUGUGAAAGUGACAGUGCUAAAAAAGACAGGAUUGAACAAAAUUUGGUAAAUAUGUUUUCAGUGGAGGAUAUUAAUGUCCCAGAGAACAUGAUAAUGACAGUGAGGAAACUGAGUCAGCCAUUUAUGAUUAUGUGAAAAAACUGAAUGCUGAUAACUCUGUAAUAGAUGCCAUUGAAACCAGGACACAAGACCUGUCACAAUGUAAACUUUGGAAUGACCUCCAUAAGACAAUGCUAACGUCAUCAAACUUUGGUAAAGUAAUUAAAUGUAAAAACAAGA